AUGGGAAUGUUUAAGGAAGAGAAGGAAGAGUCAAAGACAGGAAAUGUCGAUGUCUACCAGGAGCCCGUGUUGGCAGAAAACAACUCUUCUGAGUCGCCGGCUUCCGAGCCUGAGGCAAAGGGCAAAUUCAAGACGUUUUUGAAAAAAUUGGAGAUUAGUGGUACUCAAGGUCUUUCCACAUCUCAGCUUUUCCUAUACAACUAUGAUCUUAAACCUGUGGAAGAAGAGCGCAGAACAUGGAGUUUUUUCAACUUCAUCUGCUUCUGGCUUGCCGAUUCUUUCAAUGUUAAUACUUGGCAGAUUGCUGCCACCGGUGUUGAGGCUGGAAUGAGCUGCUGGUCAGUUUGGGGAACAGUUUGGCUUGGAUAUUUCAUGGUUGCUUGCUUCAUUGUGCUAGCUGCCAGGGUCGGUGCCUUCUAUCAUAUAUCAUUCCCCGUCUCGUGUAGAUCCUCUUUUGGUAUCUGGGGUUCUUUGUGGCCUGUUAUCAAUCGUGUUGUUAUGGCAUGUGUCUGGUUUGGUGUGCAGAGCACUAUUGGAGGCCAGUGUGUCCAGUUGAUGCUAAAGGCCAUCUUUGGUAACGACUUGGAUACGAGAAUCCACGACACAAUCCACUCAGAUGCAAUCGAUUCGUUUGGUCUUCUCUCAUUCUUCAUCUUCUGGUUCUGCCAGUUGCCUUUCAUCUACAUGCAUCCUCACACCGUUCGUCACUUGUUCACCGUCAAGGCCAUUGCAUGCCCAAUAGCCGGCUUUGCGUUCUUGAUCUGGACAAUGGUGAAGGCAGGCGGUGCUGGCCCUGUUGUUAGGCAGCCUGCUACGGUUCAUGGCUCGGAUUACGCCUGGGCUUUCAUUAAUUCCACCAUGAAUGCACUUGCCAACUUUGCAACCUUGAUCGUGAACGAUCCCGAUUUCACCCGUAUGGCACGCAGACCAAGAUCUGCAUUCUGGUCUCAAUUCUUCUCCAUUCCAAUUUUCUUCUCCAUCACGUGUCUUAUCGGUAUUCUUGUCUCCUCUGCAUCCAACUUGUUGUACGGCACCACAUACUGGGAUCCGCUAGAUGUUCUAGCCCGCUUUCUGGACAAGGGACACAGUGGUCCAAGAGCCGGUGUUUUCUUUAUUUCUCUAGGUUUUGCUUUGGCCCAGGUCGGUACCAACAUUUCCGCAAACUCCGUUUCUGCCGGUACUGAUAUGACGGCUUUGCUUCCUAAGUUCAUGAACAUCAGACGUGGUGGUUUCAUCUGCGCUAUUGUUGGCUUUGUUAUCUGCCCUUGGAACUUGAUGACUUCCUCCUCUAUGUUCACCACUUAUCUCUCAGCUUAUGCCGUGUUUUUGUCCUCCAUUGCAGGUGUGGUCUUUGCUGAUUACUUCAUCCUCAAGAAGGGCUUCUUGAAGCUAAGAGAUUUGUACGUGGCAGACAACUCUAGUGACUACUACUACUGGCACGGAAUCAAUCUCAGAGCAUAUGCUGCCUACAUCUGCGGUAUCUUGCCUAACAUCGUUGGAUUUGUGGGUGCAACCAAGACUCACACAGUUCCUGCCGGUGCCACUUAUGUGUACGACUUCUCUUAUUUCUCCGGAUACAUACCUGCUGCCUGCACUCUUGUUCUUUUCACCUUGAUCUGGCCAUGCAAGGGUCUUCCAGGUAAGAUCUUUGAGAAGAAGUGGUUGGAGAAGUGGCAGGAUGUCGAAGAUUUCGGUGAAUUCUUUGCUUCCCGGCGUGGAGACUUGAGGCCAUUGAAAUCUGACCCAAGAGAUGAUCUUUCUGUGGGUGAGUUUUAA